UAUAAAGAGAUACAAAGCAAAUUGGCGUUAAUAAUAUCAGCGAAGUUUGCUUCCGAAAUGAAUCCAAAGAGGCGGAGGAGCCGACUGAAUGAAUCAUUAGUACAACGCGAAUGUUGGGAAGUUUAGAGCAUAGUCAUCGUGUAUGCCUUCGCGACUGAAUCGUCAGUUAAUUUUUUGGGUGGCGGUGAACGCCAGUGUAUAGCGGAGUAACGUGGCUUGCAUUAAAUAAAAUUUAAACUUAUUUUUCUACCAGCUUCUUUUGUGUUGCUUAAUUAUGUAGAAUGUGAUUUGCUAAUAUUGAAAUAUUUUGCUAAAUUAUAUAGUGCGGUUUAAAUCGAUUUUGUUGAUGAAAUAUAGAAUCUGUGAAAAAUGCCUAUAGUUAGAGCACACGAAGGAGGGGUAGAUAAAGAGAAUCAAAAUAUGAGAAAAGAAACCAAAAUAUAUUUAAAACAUAUACGAAACAAGUGUAAAAAAGUUUUGUUUAAAACAAUAAGCAUAUAAUCAAAUAAAGAUUUUUACAAUUACCAUUAUUGAUACCGAAAUUGACAAAUUAAGCCAAUAAUUAUGUAAAUUGAUUUAAAGUUAAUGCAAACCCAAGUUUUGCAAAACCCAUUUUACCGUCCUUCCUUAAAAAAACUACUGUGCCUUUAAAACGGAAUCUUCACCUAAUCAUUACCCACAUUUUGUUGAGCUGCGUUUGAAGACUUAUAAAAAAAUUGUAUAGUUAUUUUUUUCACUCUUAACUAUACGUAUUCCGCAACAACUCAGAGAAGUGUAAACUUGUUUGGGAAACCGAAUCUUCUACAACAAAACAACUCAAAGAUGUCGUCACUAAAGGUUGCUGUUCGUGUUCGCCCCUUUAAUGCGCGUGAAAACGAUAUGGAUGCUCAGCUCAUUGUGCAAAUGGAUGGUAAGAAAACACGCCUCUUAAAACCAAAAUUGCAAUCCAUACGCGACGUUGGACGCGAUAAUCAUCAUGACUUCACAUUUGACUACUCUUACUGGUCAUUUGAUGAGCAUGACAGUCACUUUGCAACGCAAGAGGAGGUUUACAGCGAUCUGGGCACAGAUGUCAUCGACUGUGCUUACGAAGGUUAUAAUGCAUGCGUUUUCGCUUAUGGUCAAACUGGCUCGGGAAAAACAUUCACCAUGAUGGGUACCCCAGACAAUCCUGGAUUGAUACCACGUAUAUGUCAAGAGCUAUUUGCACGCAUGCGUGUUGGUCAAGAGUCGGGUACAGGCUAUAAGACUCAUGCCAGUUAUUUGGAAAUUUACAAUGAACGUGUGAAGGAUUUAUUGGGCCCACAUAGUGCUGGGCACGGAUUGCGUGUUCGUGAGCAUCGUACAUUGGGACCAUACGUCGAAAAUCUCUCCCAACACGCCGUUUCGAAUUUUGAGGAAAUUCAGGAAUGCAUUGCGCGCGGUAAUAUUCAGCGUACCACUGCCAGUACAAAUAUGAAUGAUACAAGUAGUCGCAGCCAUGCCAUUUUCACUAUAACUUUCGUACAAGCUGUUUUUAUGAAUGACAUGCCGAGUGAAACUGUUUCCAAAAUCCAUUUGGUAGACUUGGCAGGCAGUGAACGUGCAAAUGCCACUGGCGCCACUGGGCAACGUCUUAAAGAGGGUGCACACAUAAAUAAGUCCUUAGUGACAUUGGGUAGUGUAAUAUCUGCCUUAGCCGAGCAAACGAGCACCACUACAGUCGCGCUAGCGAGUAGCCCUGCACAAACAAAGCGAGUUCUCUACAUUCCCUACCGUGAUUCCAUUCUCACAUGGCUUUUGAAGGAUAGUUUAGGUGGUAAUAGUAAAACUAUUAUGAUAGCUGCACUCUCGCCAGCCGACUGUAACUACAGUGAAACGCUAAGCACAUUGCGCUACGCUAAUCGGGCGAAGAAUAUCAUCAACAAGCCUACAAUUAACGAAGACACUAAUGUAAAAUUGAUACGCGAAUUGCGUGAAGAGAUCAACAAACUCAAGUCCAUGUUGAAUGGAGACAUUAACACUGUACAGCCUUCGUUGAAAGUCCUGGAAGAUCUGCAAAAGAAGGAAGCUCAAGAGAAGGUUUUGACUGAAGAAUGGACUGAAAAAUGGAAAGAAGCUCAAUCAAUUUUGCAAGAGCAGAAAAGUUUGGGCCUCCGAAAGUCCGGUCUCGGCGUCGUUUUAGACUCGGAAAUGCCACAUCUGAUCGGUAUACAUAACGAUGUCACCACCGGUGUAACUUUAUACAGCUUAAAGGAGGGUGAAACACUAAUCGGUACUGAUGAUUCGGAAACUCCACAAGAUAUUGAGCUUAUUGGGGAUGGUAUAUGUGCACAACAUUGUAGAAUUGUGUUGCAAGAGGGUAUCGUAACAUUACAUCCGUAUCCUGGUGCACAAUGCUGGCUCAAUGCGCACCUCAUCGAUGAGCCAACCCAUAUUUCACAAGGCGACAUUAUCUUGCUAGGUCGAACUAAUAUUUUCCGUUUCAACAAUCCAGCGGAAGCGGCAAAGCUGCGUAAAGAUUUAAGUCGCUCACAACUCGACAUGUCGCGAUUGUCUUUGAUUACGUCAUCUCGUGAAAAUUUGCUUACCUCUAGCUUUUAUUCGGAAGAAGACUCGAUGAGCGGUAGCAUGAAUGCGUCACCAUUUAAACGUCCCGAACGCCAAUACUAUCCAACCAAACCGAUGUCACGCGAUGAUCCAGAAUUACAAGAUGAAAAUCGCAAAAUACUCGAUACCAUUGAGAAUGCCUUAAAACAGUUGAAUAUAGAGCGCGUGCAAAUGCAUGACCAAUAUAAGGCGAAAGUGCGAAAACUGACUGAUGAGCUGAAACGCUUGGAAACUGAAGAAAUGGACAAAUUGGAGAUAUUGCGUUGUCAGGAGCAGGAACUACUUGCCAGAAAAGAUAUGUUGUUGUGGGAAAAAAAUAAUGAAAAAGUGCAGAUUGAUAUUGUCUGUAGACAAAUUUCAGCAUUUCAAACGCAGCUCGAUUCAAAGAAACGAGAUUUUUCCGAGUAUGUUGCAAAAGAAUUGCAGGAAUUGCAAGACUGUGGCAAAUUAGACGAGAUUGGCAUGAAAAUAGAAGAGUUCACUCCACUAUCGGAUCAAUUAUUACUACAAGUUGCGGACUCUUUAGACUUAUUUGCAUCACAAUUUAUUAAGGACACAGUUAAAAGAAAUAAUGACGAAAUACGAAAAUUAGACGAAAAAAUCAUGGAAAAAGAGUGUAUUCUGAAUGAGAGUACAAAGAAAAUUGCUCAAGUAGAUGAAAAAAUUUUACAAAUACAACUACAAUUAGAGAAAUUACAGAAUGAACGUCAAGAAAAUGAAAGCAACUCGGAAGCUAUGCGGCAGAAAAAGCUCGAAAUGAAUUUAAAUUUGACAAAAACCAGUUCAACAAACACCGAUGACUCGAAUAUAGCUAGUGAUACCUAUCAUACAGCUCAAUCAAAUAUUUCAGUUAAUUCGCCAACGAUUGUCGACGAUCAGAUUAGCCCACUAAGCACCCUCUCUGCGACAUCAGCAGAUUUAGAUGAUGCAAGUACUACAGAGAGAGGUAUGUCUUCAAGUGUAUCAAUUAUAAGCAACCCAUCUGACACUAGGGAGAUGGGCAACAACAAUUUAACGUCCAAUCCAGCAUCUCCAAAGGCGAUAAUGAGCGAUAGCGGUGUAUAUUUGGAUUCAGUGAGAACGACUCAACAGCAACAGCAGUAUUACAAUGGUUUCGUUACCAGCAGAGCCAAAGAUAAUAACAAUAGACUUGGCGAAGAGUCUGGCUUAAAUGAGAGUGAUUUAACGACCGCAAAUUCUACAUUCAAUGGUGCUGCUGUACGUACAUCCGAUGAGGAUAGCGCAUCAUGUUCAUCAUGUGAAAUGGGCCGCAACUCGGAUGUGCCACGACCAUAUUGCUCUAUGCACGCGCUUAGACGUAAAAUUGCCAACCAGAAGGCCCUAAUUAUGAAGAAUCUCGAAAUGAAUGUUAGCAAGUCGGAACUAGAUGAACAGAUCGUGGAACUACAGGAACUGCAACGUAGACUCAUUGCGAUGGAAAAGGAGUUGCUGGAAUCGCCGGGUGAUGCCGAGAAUGAUCAGUGUGGUACAUACUUUCAACGUGAUAAUGACAUGAGCUACGAGUUAAGUGCGAAUGAUUGUAUGGAAGAGUCCUCCUAUGUGCCCAGUAUGACACGCUCUUGCCCUUCAAUGAGAGAUUUUCCCGAAGCAGAACACUUCAUUACAAUUCCGAGCUUUGUGAUACGCGGCGCCGGUAAGCAAACACAUUAUGAAUAUGAAGUGCGGAUCGCGCUCCCUGAUGGUAAGCUAAACAUCUUGCGACGCUACAGCCGCUUCAGAGAAUUACACUUGAGUAUGAAGCAUUGCUAUGGAGCAAAAAUCAGCGCCCUACCCUUUCCAAGACGUGAGAUAUUCUCAUCGAACAGUGAAUCGGUGGCUAAGCAUCGAAGACGACUACUCGAACUGUAUUUGCGACGUUUGUUUGUAGUCUGCACGAAAAUUCCGCAAUGUCCUAUUUAUGAGGGACCCGGCGGGCCGGGCCUCACCCGUGCUACUCUGUCUCAGCUGUCACCUUUUUUCAAGAAAGGUUUGUUCGAGAACGGCAAGCACGGGACGGGAUAAUAGUUACUCUACUGCUAAAUUAUAUCCUGCCUAUAGUAUGCCUUUUAAUUUAUUUUUACUAUUUGUUAAGUUAUGUUUACUUUGAAAGAUAGUUAUACGUAUGUCACAAUCGAACUUUGAUAUAUAAACUAAAGUGUUCCUCAAUUUCAUAUUUACGCAUAUUUACUUUUUUUCCUUAAUGAAAUUGUAAUGCAUGUAUUUUUGAAAAAUUUCGACUUGUAGUAAAACUGCAGGUUUCAAAAUGGAAAUCAAAAAUCAAACAAUUUACAAUGUAUGCCAAUUUGUUUUUUUACUUUUAGUAGAAUAUUAUAUGAGUAAGACUUGUAUUUGUUAAAAUUUUGUUUAAAACUUGAUUAAGAAAACGGAGCAAUAAAAAGCGAACAUCAUGAAAUAACUCCAAAACAAAUUGCUGUAUAUUCAUAUCUUUUUUUGUGAAAAUUCUACACUGCAACUCAGCAACAGAAUAUGCCUUAUGGGUCAAAUACAUUACGCCAAUAUCUGCAAAGCCGACCUUAAUUGUUGCGGUACCAUAUAUGGGUGUAAUAUGUUGAGAUCCUUGUAACUUUGAAAAUUUAAAAAGACUUUCAGUAAUACGUUUAAUGAAAAACAUAUUUGCGCAAUAAAUGAGUGAAAUGAAACAAUAAUUUGUACAUAUUUAUGCAUUCAUAUUUUAUAAGAUUAAAACCCCAAAACAAACUGUGAUUAAUCUCUCGAACGGCGAAAAAUAAAAUGUGUAAAUAACAGUGCAAUUACAUAUGAGUAUGUGCAUAUGAGCAUGUACAUUUAGUUAAAAAACUUGCAAAAAUGUAUUACAAAAACUAGCGUGUUUAUGGUUAUGCGAAUAAUUCCACUUGAAACUGAUAUUAAACUUUACUUAAAACGUUUAUUGUCUUUAAAAUUUUCUACACAAAAAUAUUCAUAAUUUAAACACAUACUAUGAAAUAAACUAAAAUAUCUAUUCACAUUAAAAGGUUAGGCAGAAAGGAUUUAGCAGUAGAGUAAAUAAUACUAUUAGUUAAUAAUAUUAGAAUAAUAGUUAAUAAAAUCUACAUAUGUAUGAAUUUAGAUACCAGUAAAAACAGUGUACAUACAGACAAUUAGAUAUAAAUCGAUUGAAAAUAUUGUGUAAAAUAAUGUAUAAAUGUUGGCACACGAUUUGAAAGUAGCAUAAAAACUACAAAAAAAAAAAUGUUUUCCUAAUCUAAACUCACCAUAUUCAGAAUAUGCUCACUACAACAUUUUAGCUUUCGCUUUUGCUUUCGUAUUAAGCGUUGAUUAAAACCUGAGAAGAAUUAAUAAUUUGUAUAUAAAAAUUAUUUUAAAAACAUACUCCUAAGCGUAAUUGGAAUUGAACUUCCCUAACUCGAAUCAGUUUUAUGUUUUAUGUUUUUUCACAUAAAACAUGUAUUCUGUAAUUUUUGGCUGAACAUACAAUAUUUUUUGCUUGUUUGUUUCAGUGAAAAGAGAUUCUAAUCCGUUCAGAGUUUGUAGUGAUCGUCAGUUGUAUUAAUAUUCGUAUUUAAAUCGGAAUUUAAAAUUACAAAGAAAUGAGUCACAUCAUGUUUGGAUGGCGGUUGUAUAAUUUCUUCUUCAGAAUCCUCAUCGUUUUCCAUGAGAGUAAGAGUCAUAUUCGUUGGCUCUGAAGUAUUCGGUUUUACAAUAUCGUAUGUUAUAAAUCCGGCUAAACAAAUCGCAUUUUCCCACUCAAUAUAAUCUGUAAUAGUAACAUUUAAUGGGAUAAAUACGCGCGGCACUGCGUGUGCAAUUGCUUACAAAGUGAGAUUUCCCCAAAAAAUUCAACUUGGAGUUCGAUUUAUGUAUGUAAGGAAAUUUGUAUGAAAUUUGACUUUAAACGCUCUUGCCAAUUCAGGAGUUCGAGUUAUAGAAGCUCGAGUUACGGAAGUUCAACUGUAUUUUUAUUUAAAAACAAAAACAAAAUUGUGUGUCUUACAUUCGAAGAAGUAAGAAUAAUUAUUGUAUUACAACCUACUUAGAAGUACAAUUCAAUGAAACUUCCAUCUACCAAUGCAAACUUGUUACAUUUCAUUAGAAAUUAAAAUGUGUAUUAAAAUGAAAAUAUAUUUUUUUGGUGAAAAGUUA